AUGAAUAAACCACUCACUCAAAUUAAGGCCGAGGCUUCGGCUAGUACAUCAAGUGGUCUUGUUCCUCUUAAGACCACAUUGGAAACGAGAGCUCGAUAUUCGUUGCUCAGUGUUUACAUCACAAGCGUUCCAGCGAAAAAAGCUAGUGGUGUUUUGAAUUUAACAAGGAAACUCUUUCCUGAAGAUGGUGGCUAUGAUCUACAGCACAUCAGAAGAUUUGCGAAACAAACAGACGUUCCAGGUCACGUUCGCACUUCUAUGCUAGACGCAAGAGCAGAUAGCAAUGACCUAGCUGAUACUGAAUCUCCAGAGCUUUUCCUUCUUGUGGGAGCUGCAAAUCUCAUCAGCUCAGGAGAAUUACGCAGUGCCCUUUCUCCAAUCUUAGAUCCAGCAACCAUUUGUUCCGUCAAGGUACCUUUGUUAGCCCCAACAUCGCAAGAACAAGCGAAGUCUUGGUCGUCUCAAUACUGGCCUAUAGUAUACAAGAAAAGUAAUCCGUUUGGUCCCCAUCCAGCAAUUGUAUCUAGGGCUGAAGAAGAAGUACAAGGAGAAGUCGAGAAGUAUAUGGACUUAGCGGCUGAAGUAGCACGUUCUUCAAGCACGACAGGUAUUGGAGAGCAAAUCGGUGCUGUAGUUGUCGAACGAAAGAAUGGAGCUGCACGCAUACUUGCGGUUGCUGGUGACGCGCGAUGGAUGAAAUGGCCACGGGCUGGGUCUGGUAAUGUUACAGCGCAUGCAGCGCUUCGAGUUAUUGCAAUGGUAGCAGAUGGAAUAAAGGUUCAAGAAGAACGCAAAGCUGGAAAAGAAUCAGAAGCGAAGAAUACUUCAGAACAAACAUCAAUUUUCCGAGAUCAAUCAUUGGGUACCUUGGAGGCAAAGCACCACAACUCGACUGAAUGGGUCGACGGAUAUCUUUGUCAUGAGUUGGAGCUUUACAUAACACAUGAGCCGUGUAUUAUGUGCUCCAUGGCUAUCGUACAUUCUCGCUUUGGGCGAGUAAUAUUUGGACAACGUAUGCCAAAAACUGGUGGUCUCUGUGCAGACAGCGAACUCGGUCACGGACUAUUCUGGCGUAAGGAACUGAAUUGGUCGCUGCUAGCCUGGCAGUGGAUAUCUGGCGAAGAAGAUACCGAAACACCCAAAGAGUCACAAAGCCUAGUGUCUCAUCUUGGUAUACACGUCUAAUGUUCUGAAGAGGCUGCAAGAACAUGCCUUCUAAGCCUCCACGAUCAUUCGGACUUGAGCGUCAAAUAACGACUCUAUUAGGAGUGAUUAUUGAUGCCUGAUAUUGGAAGUAUAAAUUGAAGUCGCCCCCAUGGUUGCAGUGGUAAGCGACGGUUAAAUCGGCACAAAUGUCCCAGCUGAUUUACGGAUAUUCUAACUUACCAAAUUCGAAAGCGCCAGGAAAGUUGAUUCUAUCAGUCAUAUAUCACAUUUUUUCAAACUGUUGGCUGUCCAAACUCAGCUAAAGUCUGAACGUAAUAACGGCAGGGCGGAUUACACGAAUGGAAAGGGAAAGUACUCUUUUAUUCGAAGAUUUUUAGUUGUCUUAGAUCGUCCUGUCUAAAGAUCUCUUGGAAGAACGUGCUCCAUGCCGAGCUCCCUUUUCACCGACUCCUCAACUUCGAGAAUCUUUCUAUGGAACUACGCCAACGCUUCUAGCAUCCCGAUCUGAAUGCUUAUCAAUGCCAAGAAUGCCUUGCGUCUGCAAUACAGUGGCGCAGAUGGCUCACACCUAACACGGAGUGAUUUCAAAUGUUAUGUAUUGUUAUUUUGGGCAGUAGUUCAAGAUCGAGCAGUCUAUUCGGCCCACAUACUUCCUUAUAGACGGCAACAUAGCUGUUACCUCGUAUGGUUCCGUAUACGCUACAUUAUUAGGCUACACAUAAAUCAAACCAAUCGAUCAAUCGAAUCCAAAGCUGACUCGAAGUUUGAUACGGUGUCGUUGCUGGUAACACUAUGAGUGCAUUAAGCGAAUCAAUACCACCACCCAUGCUCGCGAUAUAUCUGAUAAACACCACCCUGUAAUAUGUGGUACAGGGCUUGAUUAGAGGGGCUUGACCAACAUUGUAUCAACCUCUGAACUGGAAACGUGC